GCGAGAGGGCGCCAACCGACGUGGGUGUGAGGAGGGGGGAGAGAGGGAGGGACGGCCGCCUCGGGGAGGGGGAGAAUGUGUAAAGCGAAAGGGGAAAUGAAACCGCUGAGAGAGAGAGACAGGUGAGGGAGCCGAGAGGCCGGCGGGAGGGUGGCCAUUGAUGGACAAAGAGCCGCCGCCGUCCGCUGCCGCCGCCGCCGCCGCCGAGAGCAGCGCAAAGAAGCCCGACGCCGCCAUUAUUACCGCCGCCUCCUCGGCCUCGGCCGCCACCGCCGCCGCCAUCAUCGUCACCGCCACCGCCCCCUCAGCCGCCGCUGUCUCCUCCUCCUCCUACUCCUCCUCGGCCGGUCAUAAAAAUGGCCAGAAAGCGCAGAAGCCGCCGGGCAGACAGGCCCGGACAUCAAAAGCACUGAAGACCUUGCAGUUUGCUAAUCCGGGCCGUCAAAUAAUCGAGUUCACACCAGACACCAGGAUGGGGGAGGCCUUUCCAGAGGCUCGAACUUCAAAAGCAUUGAAGUCCUUGCAGUUUGCUAAUCCUGGCCGUCAAAUAAUCGAGUUCACACCAGAAACGAGUCGAAGAGAGAAACGGAAGCUGCAGACAAAACAGCCACAUCAAUCCAUUGCAGACAGGCAAACAAUGCCCCCGAAAAGCAAAGUUUAUGAUGCUCAAGGUCUCCUGAUUUUCAGUGGGCUGGAUCUGUGUGACUGCCUGGAUGAAGACUGCUUAGGUUGCUUCUACCCAUGCCCUCGCUGUGCUUCUCAGAAAUGUGGAGUUGAAUGUCGUUGUGACCGCAAAUGGUUGUAUGAGCAGAUUGAAAUCGAAGGUGGUGAAAUAAUUCGCAAUAAAAAUGUAAGCUAAGUUGUUGCAGGCUGGCUAUUUUAAGUCCUGUUGCUCGGUGGUUAGAGCACUCAUCUCGCAAGCGAGAGACCUGGGUUUGAUUC